CGGAAGCGCGGGCGCCGGGAGCGAUGGCAGCCGGUGGCCUGAGUCGCUCGGAGCGCAAGGCGGCGGAACGCGUCCGGAGGCUGCGGGAAGAGCAGCAGCGGGAGCACCUCCGUCAGGUGUCCCGCAUCCUGAGGAAGGCGGCUGCCGAGCGCAGCGUGGAGGAGGGCCGGCUGCUGGCUGAGAGCGAGGACCUGGUAACUGAGCUGCAAGGCCGGAGCCGGCGACGCGAAGGCCUGAAGCGGCGCCAGGAGGAGGUGUGCGACGACCCGGAGGAGCUGCGGAGGAAAGUUCAGGAGCUGGCCAGCGCCGUCAGGAACGCUAAAUAUUUGGUGGUCUACACAGGCGCGGGCAUCAGCACGGCAGCUUCCAUUCCAGAUUACCGGGGCCCCAAUGGAGUGUGGACGCUGCUGCAGAAAGGCAGGAAUGUCAGUACCACUGACUUGAGUGAGGCCAACCCGACCCUCACCCACAUGAGCAUCACCCGUCUGCACGAGCAGAAGCUGGUACAGCAUGUGGUGUCUCAGAACUGUGAUGGGCUCCACGUGCGGAGUGGGCUGCCACGCACGGCCAUCUCAGAGCUACACGGGAACAUGUACAUCGAGGUCUGCACCUCCUGCACCCCCAACCAGGAGUACGUGAGGGUGUUUGACGUGACGGAGCGCACAGCCCUGCACCGGCACCAGACGGGCCGGGCUUGCCACAGGUGUGGGGCCCAGCUCCGCGACACCAUCGUGCACUUCGGGGAGCGGGGCACGCUGGGGCAGCCGCUGAACUGGGAGGCAGCCACCUCAGCUGCCAGCAAAGCAGAUACCAUCCUGUGCUUAGGUUCCAGUUUAAAGGUCCUGAAGAAGUACCCACACCUCUGGUGCAUGACCAAGCCCCCCAGCCGGCGGCCCAAGCUCUACAUCGUGAACCUACAGUGGACGCCCAAGGACGACGGGGCCACUCUGAAGUUACAUGGGAAGUGUGAUGAUGUCAUGAGACUCCUCAUGGACGAGCUGGGCCUAGAGAUCCCCUUGUACAGCAGGUGGCAGGAUCCCAUCUUCUCCUUGGCCACCCCAUUGCUUGCUGGUGAGGAGGGCAGUCACAGCCAGCGACCACUGUGCCGAAACAGAGAGGAGGAACUAUCCAGUGGCCAGGACGCCCCAUCAGGCCCGGCUCCUGCUCGAGGCGGCUGGUUUGGCAGGGGCUGUGCCAAGCGGAUCAAGAGGAAAAGGGUCACGUAG